UGGUUUAUACCGUGGAAUUGUGUAUUUACUGUUCAUUCAGCUGCUCUUUGCACAGGUGUGUCCAAGUAUGUGGGCGAGGCUGUGAAAACAUUUGGGGGCCACAACCUGAGGAAGAGAAACACAGUCGGCAUCACACCAUGGGGAGUCAUUCACAACAACUCAGACCUUGUAGGCAGAGAUGUAUUCAGGCCCUACCAGCCCCUGGGAAACCCAUUGAGCAAGAGAGCCUGUCUUAAUGGGUUCCACUCCCACUUUCUGUUGGUGGACGAUGGGACGCUGGGAAAACAUGGCUGCCAUCAAGGCCUCAGGAGGAAGCUGGAGAAACACAUACAACUACAGAAGAUACACCCUCGGCUGAACCAAGGGGUGCCUGUGGUGUGUGUGGUGGUGGAGGGAGGCCCUGCCAUUGUGUCCACAGUGUUGGACUAUGUUAGCAAUGUCCCCCCUGUGCCAGUGUUUGUGUUCGAGGGGUCGGGCAGGGCAGCUGACCUGCUCGCCUUUUUGCACAAGCAGACUGCUAAUGACAGGCAGUUGGAUGCUGACAUCAAAGAGGACUUCCUUUUGAGGAUUGGAGACGUGUUUAGAGUCGAGAUGGCAGAAGCCUCUCAGCUCUACACUCUCCUCCUGCAGUGUAUGGAUCACAGACAGUCUAUAACCAUCUUUGACUCAGAGUCAGACGACCAUGCUCUAGCCGAUGCAGCCAUUUUGACAACCAGUCUCAAGGGCACCAAGGCAAGCCCUGCAGAGCAGCUGAGCAUGGCUCUGGCCUGGGACCGGGCUGACGUCGCACAGAAGGAAGUUCUGGUGUACGGACAGCAUUGGCCGGUGGGUUCCUUGGAGCAGGCCAUGCUGGAUGCUCUGGUGAUGGACCGGGUCAGUUUUGUCAAACUGCUGAUCGACAACGGCAUGACUAUGAGCCGCUUCCUUACCGUGGAUCGCCUCGAGGAGCUCUAUAACAUGCCACAGGGGCAGACCGACUGUUUCUUGCAUCACCUUGUUGAAGAUGCCACGAAGACUUCUCUUCCCAUAGGUUACCGUCUCUCUCUCAUUGACAUGGGCCUGGUGAUCGAGUACCUAAUAGGAGGAGCGUACCGCAGCAACUACACACGCAAACACUUCAGAGCUGCCUACAGCCGCCUGCAGGAUAAAGAGGGCAGACAGGGCAGUUCCGCCCCCCGUUCUAGACAGAGACGGGGAUUACCACAGAUCUCUACCAAGGGCAGGACCGUCCAGGACCUGCACUUUUUCAGAACAGCUCAGCCAUACAAAUUCAAGGAGCAGGAUUUUUCAACGGGGAACAGUCGAGAGGUCAACCCGAUCCCGGGCCUUGUUAAUACUCCACUGCUGAUAGCCUUCAACUUCAACGACGUGUUCGUAUGGGCUGUGUUUCAUCAGCGCCAGCAGAUGGCGCUGUUCCUGUGGCAGCACGGCGAGGAAGCGCUGGCCCGCGCUACAGUGGCCUGUAAGCUUUACCGCUCCAUGGGCUUUGAGGCGAGGCAGGGAAGUAUGGACGACAACAUCUCAGAGCGAUUUAAGAAAUACUCUCUCGAGUUUGGUCAGCUGGCGGUGGACAUGUUAGACUGUGCGUUUCGUCAGAACGAGCAGAUGGCCAUGAAGCUGUUGACUUCAGAGAUGGAGGCAUGGAGCCACUUCACCUGUCUGCAGAUGGCUGUCUCCUCAUGUCACAGACCAUUCGUCUCACACUCCUGCACUCAAACGCUGCUCACAGACCUCUGGACCGGUCCGCUCAACAUGAGGAAAAACUCCUUUGUGAAG